ACGACGUCGGCGUGGCGCGGCCGGGGCGGAGGCGCCGCCGCAGGCCCAACCGGGCGCCUGCAGGGCGCGGGAGCGCCGUGGGCGUGCAUCCUCUUCCGCCCCGGCCCGGAAGGGUGAUGUGGCUGCACCAGCACCGGCUCCGCUAUGUCUGCCAUUUUCAAUUUUCAGAGUCUGUUGACUGUAAUCUUGCUGCUUAUAUGUACGUGUGCUUAUAUCCGAUCCCUGGCACCCAGCCUCCUGGACAGAAAUAAAACUGGACUAUUGGGAAUAUUUUGGAAGUGUGCUCGAAUUGGUGAACGCAAGAGUCCUUAUGUGGCCAUAUGCUGUAUAGUGAUGGCCUUCAGCAUCCUCUUCAUACAGUAGCUUUGGAAACUACCAGCAUGGGAAUGCCAUCGGACUGUGGAAACAAGGACUUGCCUCCAGAAAAUAAUGGGAAGAAUGGUUAAGCCAUUUAUCUCUGAACAUGGAAUGAGAUAAAUUUCAAGAUGCUGUUCUCUAUUUUUAUGCUAUUGGACCAAUGAGCAAUGUAAAUAAUUAAGGUGUGACAGUUUAAAACACAGGAAUGUUAUUGUAGCGAUCAACCUCAGUUCUGUCACUGCAGAAUUAUACUCUGCAAACGUCAUUCUGUUUUGUCGGGGCUGCUUUUCGUAAGGUCCUGAAGCAUGAAGUGGAAACACAGUGGCAAGUUUUACAGACUCCUUUCACUAGGGAUUGAAAUUGAUGUCUUCAUAGAAUGAGACCUUCUAGCAACUGACCUAUUUUUAUUGAGAAAAAUUGUUCUAUUUUUGUUGUUGUUACUGUUCUUAUGGAUUGCAUUCAUAUUUAAACCAUUUUCAUUGCUAACCAGAGCACCUCUAUUCUUGGGGAAAAUCUGUAGUUUAUUACAGGUGUUUAAAAUAUUUUAAACAAAACUCUGUAUUUCUUUAAUUAGCAUAAAAUGUGGGGCUUCUAGUCAAAUUUGGUGAAAGAGAUAGCUGCCAUCCUUACAUUUUUUGUUGUUGUUGUUCUUUAGUGUUAAGUCUUCCAAAUAGAACAUUCAUCUCAGUUACCCCAAAUGUGGUUUUUGUUGUCUUUUUACUGCAGCAUACCAUAUCUGCUUAGUCUGCAUACUAUGCUCUAAGUAUCCUUCAGUUUUGACAUUAAAGCAAGAAUUUGAGCAGUUUUUCUUAUGGAUGUGAAUAGACUGGGAAUGAAGAUAGAUAUCAAAGGGCACUCAGAAGUUUGUAUUCAACAUUUCUUCAGGUUCAGCUGGAAAUCCAUUACUAUCCCAAAGCUCGGAGAAGUUAAGUCCUACCUGAAAAUGCAUAGCAUUUAUUAUGGUUUUGACUGUUCUUUUAUAAGUAAAAUAGAAGCUUUUUCUUAGAAAUGAAAUUUCUAUAAAAACAAAGCAUUGAACUUGAAGCCUUUCCUUAAAGCAGUACAUUACUCUGUAGUCCAAACGGCCAUCAAAGCUAGCUAGAUGACCAGCUCUUAAAGACGGCUCUAAGCUGUUUGGACUAUAGUCUAUAGAGUAGCAUCUAGGAAAGCUUACUCUGUAUUUUCUUGGGAUUGCCUGUUUGUUUUCAAAAAGAUCUUUGGAAUGUCUGAAGCUAGUCUACUUGUCUUAACUUUGGACAGGAAAUCAGGUUAUGAUAAUUAUUCUACUCUGAACUUUACCUUUGGUGAAGGUUAAGGAUUUUCAGGGUAUCCCCAAAGUAGGACUCCCUUGUCAGCAUAUUUGUGCACAGGAAGUCACCUUUCAGCAUCUGAUAUCUGGGUGCCCAUCUGUUCAUCUCUGCUACCAACUGAAUUUUUCAGAAGUGUUGUCAACAUGUUUCCUGACUUGGCACAUAUGUCAUAGAAAAGGGGAGAGAAUAAAGAAUCUAAUCUAAUAGAUAAUGUAGAUGGAAGUUAGAGGAAGUCAUCAAGAAACAUCCAUGGUAAUAUACAAAACUUCUAACCAUAUGUAGAUGCUGAGCAGCCAGGCCAGUUAUUUCUAACCCCCACCAUCCUGAUCUUUUAAAGUACAGGCUCUAUGGAAGGGUAGGAAAGAUGCAAAGAUACAGGAUCUUAUAAAGGAAAGCAAUUAGCAUUUAUGAUGUGCAAACACUGACUCCUGUUUUCUAAGCCACAAGGUCCUGUAGGAGGUGUGAAGCCCACCGAAUAUGUAGCUCCCUGUAUGUUGGUGUGAUGUGGUGGAGCAGUAAAGCACUCCAAGCAGCUUUUGUCUGCACAGAGACUUGGAGCUGACAAGGUCCAGAUAUCCUCCCUAGCUACCAUGCUGGCUCUAGAAUCUUCAAUUUCAUGUCUCAGGAUUUGUGUGUUUGUGUGUGUGUGUGUGUGUGUGUGUGUGUUCGUGUGCGUGCUUGUCCAUGUGUUGGUGUUUGGUGCCUGAUUAGUUUCAUCUGUGUCAUUGACAGGGCAGAGACAUGUCUUGUUUCUAGGUAGUCUUGCAAGAUGGUCAAAAGGCUACAUGAGGUUUAUAAAGUUUAAACUCCAGUCCAGUGUCUUGCUGAUAGGUUUUUUUGGGGUUUUUUUUGGUUUUUUUUUUUUUUAUCUAUGCCAGAAACUACCUUAUAUGCAUCAAUUUAAGGUGUAAGAAUAUGUAUAAAUUUAUAAGUUCCUUUCUCUUCAUAAUAUUAGUCUCAUACCUUAGAAUGAUACAGAUUUCCAUGAAUUGACUUUUCCAAGUUUACAGAGUCAAACAAAUCUUUGCCUCCAUUUGUGAAAAAUAUUUAACGCUGUAAAUAGUAUGUAUUUCUUUCAGGAAACAUUUACACAAUCCAUAUGGCAUGUGACCAUUGAAAAUAGAUGAGUAGUUUUUCUGUAUUCAUAAUGUACAAGAAAGAUGAGAUUAAUGUAUAUGACGUAUAAGGUGCUAAUACUUGUUGAGAUAAUUCCAGAGUUCUAGAAAAGAAAAAGAAGGGUAAUGAUUCAUUGAGGCCAGAACUUCUUCAAGAGCAUGGAAUAAACUGAACUUGACUGUGUUUUCCAAAAACAUAGCUGUAUGUUAGGGAUUAUAUGUUCCUUAGUUUGUUGUGGCACUUGUGAAGUAUGUCGUGAGACGUAAAGUGGACAGAUGUUAUAUCCUGGAGAGUCGUGUAUUUUACCUACCUCAAAACAGAAAUUUAGGUUUUCCCCUCCUGCCUCACAAAUCUUUCAGGAGGAUAAUAAAAUAUCCCUUUGUUUAUGAGCAAGCAAGGUUGACAGAGAAAUAUAAUAGUAGAUUUUCCUGAGACUUCUGUAAACAUUGGAGAAGCAACUAUCCAGUGAAGGCAGUGUUUUCAGAAACUUGUAAAAUCCCAUAUUACAUCUACUAAAAGAAGUCUCAGCUGUUAAAGCAAACACCCACCCUGAAAGUGCACUGUUUACAUUUCCUGGAUAUACAAAAAAUAUUUCCAGUUACUCAAGAACUUAACCUUUACAAAAGCCUUUGAAAAGUUACUCCAUCCUUUAUAAUCUGAAAACAUGAAUGGGAAAUUCUUAAGGGCCAAGCUUCUCUUCCUUUAGUAUCAUCUAGUAAUAAUAAAUGUUCUCAAAGUGGUGCUGGCAAUCACCCUUGUUACCUUCACUGAGGAUUCAUGACUAGUUUCUGAGAAAUACUUUCAUAUUGCUUUCACUUUGCCCUAAACUAGUUCCUAAAUAAUCUGAAAUGCCAUAUUCCAGUACCUUUUGGAGAAAAGAGAACUAUAAUUCAUGUUUAAAAGUGGAGGGAAUCAUCCUAGUUUCUGGUUAGUUCAUAUGUCUGCUAUGUAAUAAAAGUUGAAUUAUGAAAA